AUGUACGUGAGUUACCUGCAGCUGGACAAGGACCCCGCUAUGUACCCGCCGCACCAGAACCCGGUGACCCGCCACCCGGGCCUCAGCCUCAGCCCGCAGAACUUCCCGGCUCCGCCGCAGUACUCGGACUUCCCCGGCUACCACCACCACCACCACCACCCGCACCACGGCAUCAGCAACGACCAGCAGGCCGGGAACCCGGGCGCUGCAGGCGGCGGCUGGAGCUCGUCCUACCCGCCGCCCCCUCCGCCCACACGGGACGACUGGUCAUCGCACUACGCUGCGGCAGCCGCGGCAGCAGCAGCCGGGGGGGCGCCCUCUAUGGGGGGGUCCACCGUGCCCGGCGUGGUGGCUUCCACUUUGGGGUUCAACCCGGCAGAGUUCCCCGGGCAGCUGCCCGCGUCCCUAAACGCGUCGGUGGGGCAGCUGUCCCCCGGCUCCCCGCAGAGGAGGAACCCGUACGACUGGAUACGACGCAGCUCCGCGCCGCCCACCAACCCCAAUGGAAAGACGCGGACUAAAGAUAAGUACCGUGUGGUUUACACCGACCACCAGCGUCUGGAGCUGGAGAAAGAGUUUCACUACAGCAAAUACAUCACCAUCAGGAGGAAGGCGGAGCUCGCCACGACGCUGGGCCUGUCGGAGAGACAGGUGAAGAUCUGGUUCCAGAACCGCCGGGCCAAGGAGCGCAAGAUCACCAAGAAGAAGCUCCAGCAGCCAGCCUCCUCCACGACCACGCCCACGCCUCCCAACGGCAGCAACGGCGGUGGAGGCCUCCAUGGAAAUGGCGGGAACAGCGUCGCAAUGGUGACGAGCAGCAGCGGUAGCAACGGGCUGGUGUCCCCUUCCUCCCUGGCUCUGAACAUCAAAGAGGAGUACUGA